AACUUUCCAUUCUCCUCUUCCACAUUUACAAAAGCCUCUCAAAAGUAUCUCUGGAAUGAAGAAUCGCGCAUCUCAUCCGUUAGUACCAGAGCAAUUGUAAUCAUGUCCAUUCUGCAAAACAGCUUAGAUGGGCUAAGGUGGAAGACACCCAAAAUUCCUAAUAUGGUCUCCAAAUGCACCACUGUAUCGGCCUCUUCAUUACCUUGCAAGCCUCGCAGAUAUGCUGUACUGGGCGCUGGAUUUGCUGGCAUUUCGGUAGCCUGGCAUCUAUUACAGCAUUGCUCCAAGACAUCGCUGAUGUGGAUUGAUAUAUAUGACGAGAUUGGGCUUGGUGGAGCAGCAUCAGGUGUUUCUGGAGGACUUCUGCAUCCUUAUUCUCCAAAAGGUAAGCUUCUUUGGAAUGGUAAAGAAUGUUGGGAAGAGGCUCUAAAACUUUUGACAGUUGCAGAAGCAGCAGCUAACACUGAAUUACAAAGAGCUGAAAGGAGCAGUGCAAAUAAACAGCAUAUUUUUGCAGAGCCUAUUGUUUGGAGAAGGGGCAUUUUGAGAACUGUACUAGAUGCAAAGAAUAUCAAUGACACAAGUAAAAGUGCCCAUGUUUCUCUGCCCAAUUGCAAAAUAUCCUAUAUAAAUGGCGUUGAAGCUCGGGAACUAUUGCCUGGAAUGCUUCCUCCUUCAGAUUUUUCCCUAUACAUGCCACAAGCUGUCAAUAUCCAUCCUGGGCGGUACCUUCAGGCCCUGUUUAUGGCAUGCCAAAAGGAAGCAAGAACUUGGUCAGCUGAAGGAUGUUCAGGAACUGAGGUGUCAUUGCACAAAAGAAAUAUUAAUAGCCUCCUUGAACUUUCAGGUGAAUAUGAUGCAGUAAUUGUCUGUUUGGGUGCAAAAGCUAGUUUGUUACCAGAGCUAGCAGGAAAAUUACCUCUUUCCACUUGCAGGGGUGUUAUAGCUCACUUGGAAUUAUCAAGUGCUGAUAGGGAUACAUAUGGAAAUGAACGACCUUGUAUACUAUCAAGUGCAUGGCUUGCAACUCAAGGCCCACGCAAAAUUCUCAUCGGAGCAACAAAAGAGUGGAAUUCAUCAAACAUGUCCUCAGAUGUUUCUAAAGAGGAAGCUUCUUUAGCACUUGAAAAACUAUUGCCAAAGGUAUCUGCAAUAUACCCUCCAAUUCAAAACUGGAUGGUUUUGGGUUAUCAAGCAGGUGUGAGGGCCAUGCCCCCUCGCACCUUUUUGGGUGCUUUGCCAAUUUUAGGUUGCAUUGAUGAUUUUGUGAUAGAAUAUAUGCAAAAGGAUAAGCCAACUGAAAAGAAAAAUUACCAUACACCACACCAAAAGACAAUUCCUAAGUACUGGUUUGUGGGUGGCCUUGGCUCAAGGGGUCUCAUAUACCAUGCAUGGCUAGGAAAGAUGAUUGCUAAAGCAGUAACAUCAGGAAAUAAACAUAUUCUUCCUAUUCAACUAACAUCCUGGAUGCCCUCCAACAGACGGUUUAAGCUUUAUGUUAACCACCAAUCGGCUUUAAAAUAUUAAGUUACAUUAGGCAAUGAAGAUGUUCUUCGUAUUCAAUACCAUAAUAAUUGCUGUUCAAUUAACAUCAAGAGACUCUCAAAAGUUCAAAAAGAAUAAUUGCGCUUUUUUUCAUCACAAUGACAUUUAAGAAUAGCGUGUAUUAAUGGUUAUAAUAUUUUCUAUUGUCUCACUA